AUGUUGCUUCUGCUUGUACUUCAAAGCCCCAGCAAUGACAUGUUCCAAGAGGUGCUAAAAUAAACCCACAACCCUGGAUGCAGCUAAAUUUUUCGAAACCAUCGGUGGGAAAGGAGACAAGAAGAAAUGCAUAGCUCUGUCUUUACCAUCCAACUUCUCUAAAGAGAAAGGAUCCACAGUGUAGGAAAGAAAUAUUUAAAGAGUCUCAAGAGAAAUUUUAAAAGGCAUACCCUGCUGCACCAGUUAUCCAUGUAAAAAACGACAGCUCAACCUCUGUUAAAACAAAUUUCGGGGAACACCAAAAGGGUAGUCCCCUUAGUUAUCUCUUACCUUCAAUUGAUAGUAUUGGAGCUGAUGAAACAAACAUCUACAGUGAGUUACCAAUUCAACUUCCUGUGCUCAGUGAUGGCUGGAGUGAAUAUGUAAAUGGAUUUCAUAAUCUAGAUCUUACUUUCAUUACCUUGUCACUGGAAGAUGUAUCAAAACUUGAAUGUGACACGAGAGAGCAGUUUGGAAGUGCAAAGUGGAAAUUAGAGAGGGCCAAGCGCAUCACGGCAUCUCAGUUUGGUCAGGUUUUCAAAGAAAGGCGGCUGUCACAGAAAAGUUUCUGAAGGAACUUUUUGAAGGAAAAACACUCGAAACACCAGCUAUGAAAUAUGGUUUGACUUACCAGAUUAGGGCUGCAAAACCAUAUCUUGACUCUGGAAAUAAUACAAAACUUUACAAGAGUGGACUGGUGGUUAACCCAGCAUUCUGUUGGUUGGGGGCUUCCCCAGAUGGUAGGCACUUUAAGAUAGAGGACGCAAUGUCUACAAUAUGCGGCCGGAAGUAA